AUGACGACGCUGGCCAGUCCAGCAGGCCGUGCAGGAGGCGCAGGGACAUCGGCCAGGGCCGCAGCUACCACCCUGCAGCCAAAGGAGGAGCCCAGCGACGAGGAGGACGACUACGCGGCGGCGAUUCUGGAAUUCGCGGCAACAAUGUCGUCGUCGCACCGCGGUAGCCAGCCCUUGGACCUCGCUGCCUUGGGCGCUCCAGAGCUGGACGACGACGGCCGCGCCGCGCGCACGGGGAACCUAUGGACGUGCUUGGCGCACAUCAUCACGGCCGUGAUCGGGGCGGGCGUGCUGGAGCUCUCCUGGAGCGUCGCCCAGCUAGGAUGGGUCGCCGGCCCUGUCGCCGUGCUGUGCUUCGCCGGGGUCACUUACGUGUCCGCCACCCUUCUCUCCCACUGCUACAGGUGCCCCGCUGCCGCUGGUGGACCGGAAGAGGCGUCUUCGUCGGGCAAGACGCGGCGGAACUACACCUACAUGGACGCCGUCCGGGCACUCCUCGGCAGGAAGCACACCUACGUCUGCGGCACCCUCCAGUACCUCUAUUUCUACGGGAUGGGCGUCGCCUACACCAUCACCACCGCCAUCUGCCUCGGCGCGAUCAAGAAGUCCAACUGCUACCACGGCCACGGGCGUGGCUCCUCCCGGUGCGGCUCACAAGAUGACGAGCAGCACAUGUUCAUGGUGCUCUUCGGCGCGGCGCAGGUGGUGCUAUCCUUCAUCCCCAACUUCCACAGCAUGGCGUGGGUCUCCGCCGUGGCGUCGGCCAUGUCCUUCACCUACGCCACCAUCGGCCUGGGCCUGGGCCUCGCCAAGACCGUGGGCGACGGCGCGAUAAGUGGCGGCGUCGCGGGCGUCCCGAUGGCCACCACGGCGCAGAAGGUCUGGCGGGUGGCGCAGGCGGUGGGGGACAUCGCGUUCGCGUACGCGUACAGCAUCGUGCUCCUGGAGAUCCAGGACACGCUGCGGUCGUCGCCGCCCGAGGGCGAGACGAUGAGGAAAGGGAACGUGGUUGCCGUCCUGGCCACCACCUUCUUCUACCUCUGCGUCGGAUGCUUCGGCUACGCCGCCUUCGGCAACGCCACGCCGGGGAACCUCCUCACCGGCUUCGGCUUCUACGAGCCCUACUGGCUCGUCGGGUUCGCCAACGCCUGCAUCAUCCUCCAAAUCCUAGGCGCCUAUCAGCUUUUCAGCCAGCAGAUAUUCACGGUGGCGGACAGGUGGCUGACGGCGAGGUUCCCGGGGAGCGCGUUCGUGAACAGGACGUACGCCGCCAGGAUAGUGCCGGGGCUGCCGAGGUACCAGCUGAACUUGCAGCGGCUGUGCUUCAGGACGGCGUACGUGGCGAGCACGACGGGGCUGGCCCUGGUGUUCCCCUACUUCAACGAGGUGCUGGGCCUGCUGGGCGCGCUCAUCUUCUGGCCGCUCGUCAUCUACCUCCCAGUGGAGAUGUACUGCGUGCAGCGGCGGAUCAGGCCGUGGACGCCGACGUGGGUCGUGCUCAAGUCGUUCAGCGUCGUGUGCUUCCCGGUUGGCACCUUCGCCUUCAUCGGGUGCCUCCAGGGCGUCAUCAAAAAGAGGCUAGGAUAG